AGCACCUUGUUUUGUGAGUCGACUUGACUAGGGUUGAAGGUUUAAAUCAGGUAGCACAACGCAGGUAGAAAGGGGUCCCCGGUUUCCGCGGUAUAUGCAUAUUCUAUCAUAAUAAUUGUGACUAAAAGGAAGGAAAGUUCGGAAAAACACCAUCGCUUGCAACAGAUUAAGACGCAACAAGAUGAAUAAGAUUCAGCUUAUGAUCGGCUUGGGAGCCGUUAUGGUCAUGUGUGGAAUGACCAACGUGGAUGGUCAACCAGGUCGCGGACGAACGAAAGCGCCGGCCUGGUUGGAACGACUCGACACCCGCCAGCAGAAUGCCCGUCGUAUGUUCAAGGAAAAAGUUAAUAACAGGACAUUCAACACUACAGAAGGAAGUCUGCGGGCUUCUCGCUGGGGAAAUUUCACCAUCAGCAAGUCGAAGAAAAACAUCGACAACGACCGCAACAGCACUACGUUUUCGGUUUGCCAAAUGGCAGAGAAAACCCGCUCGAACAGAGGACUAGGUAGAAAACUGGGAUGGGAAUUGGGAAGGAGAGGAGGGCCAUCUGCGAAUUUCAACUCCACGAUGCAGAUGAUGUACAACAUGUCUCAACCCGAGCCCACAGUGUAUGGGGGCCUGAAAGCCUGGGCAUUCGACAUGGAAACCAGCCUCCCCAGUGGCGCCAACAUCACCGUGAGCGUGUACAGGUUUAACGAAACUGGGAACUUCACAGACGAGGACGGCGUGGUCACGCCCAUCACCCGGGGUGACGUCAAAUUCAAUAUGGAGCUCAGUGGGUUUGAGCUGUGUAAUGGUAAUGAUACAGCGUGUAACGACACUACGGAGUUUCUUGACGUCGACUUCUGCGUAGGAAGCCGUGAGGAACCAAAAGCAAGGAGGGGCUCCCCAAAGAACGCUGUAGGCCGCGUGAAAGAUAUAGUGCUUGGAAAAAGUAACAUCACAAUGGAGGACAAGGCAUACAUAGAUGGCGCCAAACACGCCAUGGCGGAGGGAUAUCCGAAGAUCGUAAGAGUGGGAAACAAGUGGGCGAUAAGGGUCCGUUUCCCUCGUUUUAACAGCACCGUGCUCUACGAUCCCAUCAUAAGCCAAGGAGAAGCAGAUGAAGUGGCCUCUUUAAUUUCUGGAGGAAGACAAGUCGCCCUCAGUUCAAUUCUUGUCUGCCUGUGCGCCGCCUUUUUAUCGUCUGCCAUGUUUUUGAUGAAAUGGUAAUUGGUUCUCUAAAAUCAUUCAUUUUUUAAUCUCAUGUGAAAUGUAAGUUAAGUAUAUCAAACAAUUAAUGACUUAUCUCAGUUCGAAAAUCUUUGGAGAUUUGUUCAGAUUGAAAGAGUAACCUACGAACAGUGGAUGUGCAUAGGGCCUAUAUAUUUUUUUAAGUAGAAUAUAAAAUGGAUUUUCCCUUGAGGUUGAUCGUUAGGCAAUUUUCUUAUAAUGAAAGAAUUUUUUUGCAUGAAGAAAUGUGUGAGUAGAUUAAAUAUAUAUUAUAAAAUGAGGGAGGGGGUUAAUAUGAGAAAGCUUUGGCAAAGGACAAGUGAAUCCUGUAUAUAGCAAGUAGGCCUAUAUCCUGUAUAACCCACACAAAUCAAUGGAAAACUGACGUUUUUUACCAGUUCAAUAUUUUGUAAUGUUUUAAUAUUAAAUGUUGUAAUCAUUUUAUAAUAAUCGGUUUAUAAAGGAAAAGUAUAGGAAUAUAUAACACCCUGUCUAUUAUUGAAAUGUGUCUAUAAAUCAAUAGGGAAUAAGACAUUUAUCGCAUUGUCACAACAUUCAAAUUACAUUUAUAACAGCCUUGGUUUUUCUGGUCAUGAAAAACUGCCAAAGUUCAUGAAGUAAAUGUUGUGAGAAAGUGGGAAAAGCACCAAUUAACGCUUAUGUAAAAAGGGAGCUUAUCGUAAAUGACUCGAGAGCAAUGUCGUUGAAACCAUAGACAUUGCACCGAUAUUGUGAAAACAGUCAAAUGGCCUAUCAAACGACAUACCUUUAGGAAUUCUCAUCGCAGAUUAACUUUUUACUUAUCACGUUCUCAGGGUAGUUGGGUAGGCCUGGUUCUGACUCUUGCAUAAACAUUUAUUUGAAUAGAAGCAAGGCUUUUUAGUUUGCAAAUCCCUGCAGAAGUUAUCAUUUUGUUUUAUACACAAGUUUUUGUUUACAUAUUUGUUAUUUUAUCAUAAAGUGAUGGACUACAUAUUUAUACAAGACUAAGGAAUGUUUGGUAGUAAUGUUACAUGUACAAGCGAAAUGAAAGAUAUAUAAUUAUUUUUUGAAGUUGAGCUUAUAAUUCCCAAAAUAAUAAAUGACUUUCUUACUUUCCUGUAUCUACGUGGGUACUAAAUAUUGUAAUUUGUAGAAAUAUGUCUGAGUCGUUAAUGUGUGCAGUUGAAAUUCAUAUUCUGUAUAGGAAAUCAAUAGGGUUAGAUUAUUUAUAGCAUAUGCCAAGGAAGAGCUGGUUGGAUGACACAUUUUUCUAUUUUUCGUUGAAAAAAUAACUCACUGAACUUUUUUUUUUAAAAAUUACCAUAUACCAACCACUUCAUUAAUUUUUCAUUGGGAUAUUCCAGACUUUGUUAUUCGUAAUCAAGAACAUAUAAUAGGUACAAACGUCUGUCACCUGUUCCGCCCUUUCGGCACUAUGACCGAUGCUUUUUAAGUGUGACAUAGUAUAUAGUCGCCUGUGUUUUAUAUCGUUUUUUGUUUACUUGAUAUUUUUUUUGUAAAUAAAAAAGAAUUAUCUGGGA